AAAAAAAAAUCGCGAGAAAAGAGGAAGCACGACGACAGAUUAGAGAAACUAGGAAGCGUGCUUUGCAAUGGUCUUUUCUCUCAUAAAUAUUGACUAGUGUCUUCCUUGAGAGAGAGAGAGAGAGAGAGAGAUAAAGUCGCCUCUUUUAAUAUUUUGUUUGUUCUGUGAAGGUAAGCACAUAUCGCGAGAAGUCAGUGAUUCAUUAACUGCUCUCUGCGUCUUCCAUACCUCGCGUGCAUGUAUUUUGAUUUUGAGUGGUAUUGAUUUUUUACCUUUUUUCAUUUUUCUGGGCAACGGCUAGUUCUUCGGAUGGAUUACGGAGAAGAUGGUGUCCCCUCGUGGAAUUGGCAAACGCAGAGCUAUGAUCACCCACCACAGUCUACUACUCUCUCUGAUGUGACCAUGACUGAAGUCAUAUUGAACCAAGAAGACCACUCCUACAUGUUUGAUGAUGAAUCCACCCCGGUUAAGGCCUGUAGCGAGCUGGGUUAUCAUGUCACAACAGAUGAAACCAUCAAGAAGAUGGAAGUGCAGCAGAGUGAGACACGCUCUGCUGUAAAGAGGCGUCGGAUGUUGCAUUUCGAAGACCAGCCUAUGGAAACAUCCCUCUUCAGCUCUGAGUGUUUCUCUUCAAUCCUUAAAUCAAGCGCUAGAGAUGAAGCAUAUGAUGAGCUUUUACCAGAAGGAUCUCAGCUUAUACAAGGGUUUUCAGAAGACGCAUCUGCCUCAAGCUUGGAGGGACUUGAUCUGUAUGCAGAGGAGUGGUACGCUGAUUGCUUGAAUGAUCCCGAGACUCAAACCCUACCUACUGAUGACUUAAGCUUUGGUUCCCCUGAGGUCCAGAUAGAUGUUUCAGAGUACUUAAACGUGCCACCAGAAACAGAAACCAGGGAAGUUAGGAGGCCAGUGACUCGUUCUUCUCCAAAUGUUAUCUUUAAAGCAGGUAGGAAGUCAUUUGCAAGGCCGGUUCCAAAGCUUCCAUCUUCCAUCAUCUACCCAUUUGCAUUCAUCAAACCGUGUGGGGUUCAUGGAGACAUGACUCUCAAGGACAUCAACAAGAAAAUCCAAACUCCACCAGCAAAAGCAAAGGAAGACAAGGAAGAGGCUCCAGUGAUCCAAACCUCAGCGUUCUCAGGGAAACCAGUUGUUGGGAAGACUAAAAUCCGCACAGAAGGUGGCAAAGGAAGCAUCACAAUCAUGAGGACGAGAGGCUAAACUUUAAGUUAAAAGAAAAUUUAAACUUUUUUGCCUUAUUCUCAUAGGCCCUUCAAUAGUCAAAAAGGGUCUUUAAUCAAAGUACAGCGGCUAAUAUUAUGAAUCAAGUUCUUGUUUUCAUUUUGGUAUCUCUUGUAAGAAAGUGGAACUGCUGAAGGAUCUGUAAACCCUGGUUAGGAUAUUUUUUGGUUUGUAUAAAAAGUCUCUUUGUUCUUAAA